AUUGUAUUUUCAUCAAAACAAAAAUAUUGUUUGUAAACGCGUCCGCGAUAGAAAUUAUGUUUCAUAAGAAUAAAGUGUGGUGGACAAAAUGGCGACUCCCAGUUUUAUUGCUGUCCAAAAUAAUGCUUUGGGCCAGGGAAAAAUAUCUGAAGUGCUGACAUGAAAAUCUUGAUCUGAUCUUGCACAUAACAAAAAGCAAAGAUGAAUUGGACGGGGCAAUGUUUGAUAUGCAAUCAAACUGCAUAUGUUAUGAAGGGUGGAGCAGAGAUAUUUAACAACAAGAAACCCUUGAAAUCGAAGAAGGAGCUACCGUCAGUGAUCAGUGAGAUAAUAAAGAAGCCGGUGACCAAGGGUCUGACACAUUCCUCCAUGCUCUGCAGCAAAUGUAACAAGAUGGUUGUGGAAUAUGAUCUACUUGUUACAAGGUGUCAAAAGAUCGAAAACGACGUUUUGGAAUUGUUUAAAGUGACUCUGAAAAAAUUGGAAAUGGACUACGACAACUAUGCCAGCACAAAAGUAUUAGAAGAAGAAACAGUUCAGGUCAAACCUAUCAUCAUAACUCGGAACAAGCCGGAACCGAAGGCCGAUCCGAAGAUUGUGUUGUCUGCGUCUAAACUGCAGCCGCUGCCACCUAAUUUUGUGCUGAGACCUAAUAUUAUGCCGGAUGUGAAGAAGAAAGUGGAUCUACCUAUUGUUACUAAGUUAAAGCCCGUAGAUAAAGAACAAAUGGACACUCACUCGGAAGACAUAGCCGAACAGACGGAGUUCUCAUCACUGCUCAAAUUCAACGAGACGAACUUACACAACUACUCGUUGAGUGCGUUCAGUGUGGAUGAUAGUGUGAAGGAGGAGAGCGAUGAGAAUGUUGACGGGGACGGUGAUGAUAAUCCCAUGGAGAUUGAUGAAGAGUGCACGCUAACAGACAGCAACCUCGAGACAAGUAUACUACAGGGUAUGGGGGAGGGCUUCGUCCGUAUUGUACCAGCCCAUACUGGUGACACCGCUGACAACGUGGACAGGAGUGAUGAUGAUGAGGGCCACACAAUAGUAAUGGAUGAGGACGGCUCCAUAAUCCGUGUUGUCUCCGGCCAGCGGUUCAUGCUGGGCGACCAGGAGAUAUCGCUGCAGGUCAUGCCGGAUGAAGAGGCCCUGGGAGAUGGUCAAGAUUCAAACGAUGAGUCACAGAUCGAGCUGCAGGUGUCUGGCGAUGAAGAGACGGCUAACGCAAUCAUAGCGGCAGCUCAGGAAAAAGGCGGUGCGUUCAUCAAGGUGGAAUCUGGUGAGAUGUACAGAGUUGAGUCUGUGGAGAGCAAAGACGACAGCGACGAGGGCGCGGAUAUACCGUUUCAGGUGGAGAAGAAAGCUGAGGGUCUGUACAGGUGUAAAUUCUGCGAGCGGUACAUGAGUGCUGACAAAGUAUUCGAGGGGGACGCCUCAUCUAUGAUGUCACAUCUCAAGACGAUACACGACGCGCGUCUCUACAUAUGCACCGUGUGCGGGAAGAUUAUACGACGGAAGUCGGAGUAUGCGAAGCAUUUGAGCAGUCACAGUACGGGCGACAGCGCUUUGCUCGAGAAGGGAAAAAUGUAUUAUGAGUGUAACGAGUGCCACAGGAAAUUCUCAUCGCGAGUCCUACUGGCGGAGCACCUCAACACGCACGCGGGGGCGCGGCCCUACGUCUGCGGGGAGUGCGGCAAGGACUUCGCCAACAAGUAUACCUACCAGGCGCACUGCAAGACGCACACGAACCGCCCCCGUCCAUUCAAAUGUAACCAGUGCGAGAAGUCGUUCUUCUCACAACAGAACCUGUCGCAGCACGAGAAAACUCACUCCGGGAUUAAGGACUUUUUAUGCAAGAUUUGUGGCAAAGCGUUCGGCACGCAGCACAAUCUUGAAGUCCACGGUGUCGUCCAUUCUCGCCGCAAGCCUUUCGCCUGUCGCGAGUGCGGCAAGGCGUUCGCGAGACGCGCCGAGCUGCGAGACCACGAGAGGAUACAUACUGGCGAGCGGCCGUUCGAGUGCGAGAUCUGCCACGCUCGCUUCACGCAACGCUCCAAUCUCUAUUCUCAUCGGCGCGCGACGCACACGGACGACAAGCGAUAUGCGUGCGACCGCUGCCCCAAGCGAUUCAAGCGCAAGCGUCUCCUGGACUACCACAUCAAAGCAUCACACACGGGCGAGCGGCCGUUGACGUGCGACGUCUGCGACGCAAAAUUCGUCUACCCAGAACACUACAAGAAGCACAUGUUGAUACACAGCGGCGCUAAGCCUUUCCAGUGUGAGAUCUGCGGCAAAUCCUUCAGCUCGCGCGACAACCGCAACAUGCACCGCUUCGUGCACUCCGACCGCAAGGCGUACGAGUGUCUCGUCUGCGGAGCCAGCUUUAUGCGCAAGAGCCUGCUGUACGCGCACAUGAACCAGCGGGGGCACUUGGCAGAGUCGAUAGUGAUCAACCAACCGCGUAUAGCGAUACGAAGCGAUAAUUCUAAAGACGACGCGAACGCAGAAGGAACAGAAACGACAUCCGAGCCAACAGAAGAAGUGGCUGAUACAACCGAGAGUAACAUUAUAGGAACAACUCUAAACAUAGCUCAAGACGGAGCGACCACCAUGUUAGCCAUACACAAUGCUGACGGAGAACUGAAAACUGACGAGGGAUUGCUGCAGACUUUCUCAGUUGAGCAGUUGGAUCAGUCUAUGCUGUCUGACAACGUGCUGGUGUCUGCGGAGGGACAGGAUAGACCUGUGAUGAGGCUGGUGCAACUUCAGCUAAGAGACGGCAACACCAAGUGGGUGGCUGUCGAUGGUUAACGCACUUGGGAGGACCCGGGUGGUGCGGAUUGUGAAGAACUUGUUAGUGGGUGACAGUAGACAGUAGGCGACUAAAGCCUAAAAUUGACGAUUUUAUAAAUCAUUUUUGUACUUGAAGAUAUGCUCCGAACAGGCGAACAAGUUUCAUUUUUUAAACAUAGAUAGGGUAAAUGACUAGUGCAUU